AUGCUGGCCCGAUGGAGUGUGCCGGUACGACUUCGGUCGAUUCCACAUCUUGUUCCCUAUAAACUCGGCUCCGGUGCGCUACGCGUAGUCAACCGCCCGACGACCGAGGGUGCUGAUGCAAGAUGCGACGAAGCCACGUUUUCCGAAGGACGGUGUUGCAUCCUGGAAAGUUGCUUGCCUAGGAAUCAGGUCGCCGUCUCGCGUACUGGGAGCCUCUUGGAGACGGCACCUGCUCGCUACUGCUCUUCCUUCUUCCGGUCGAAUGCAAAAAGCCAAGAACCCCUUCUGCUUUCGACAGGAAAGAGUUUGAUCGCUUCCGAUGGUGGCACUAGCGCUACGGGGUCUCAGUCGCUUAGCGUCUUGCAGACAGUCGCCCCAGCUGCACUUGAGAGUGACCCGCCUCGUCAACUUGAUGUCGGAAACGCAGUCAUUGCUGUUAAAGAUCCAUCGCGGUCGCCUCAGGCACUUGUGGAAUAUCUUGACAGUUAUAUAGUUGGGCAGACGAACGCAAAAAGAGCUGUCGCAGUUGCACUUCGGCAGCGAUGGCGGAGGCGCCAGGUCCCCGAUCCGGAUAUGCGAGCAGAUAUCACUCCGAAGAAUAUUCUUCUAAUAGGGCCGACUGGGGUCGGCAAAACCGAAAUUGCUAGGCGCUUGGCGCAACGUCUGGAUGCACCUUUCCUUAAGGUUGAGGCAACGAAGUACACUGAAGUAGGAUUUCACGGGCGAGAUGUAGACCAGAUCAUCAAGGACCUUAUGGAGGUAGCCGUGAAGCAAAAGAAGACAAAUCUUGAGACUCGGCUAAAGUCGAUUGCGGAGGAGAGAGCAGAGUCAAAAGUUCUGGAAGCACUGGGGGGAAAGAUGCCGGCUGAAGAGUAUGCCAUGUGGCUACGGCAUUUGCGGAGAGGGUCGCUCGACAGCAGGCGUGUCCAGAUUGAUAUGCCGAUGAUGGCCUCUGAGGCUACACAAGGAGGUGCGGAGAGAAUAUGUAAAAACCAGCACUCGAUAGUUCUAAACGUAACAGUGGAUAUAGAAAAUGCCAUGCGGGAAAUGAAAGACUCAAAAAUACCGUCCUUCUUUGCGAGCGAUUUUCGCAUGAUGGAACGACGAUAUGUAACUAUAAAGGAGGCACUAGCACGCCUAACGCAAGCAGAACUCGAUGCGAUGAUUACGAAGGACAUGAUAAUCCAGCAGGCAGUGGAAGCCGUGGAGCAAGAAGGCAUUGUUUUCAUUGACGAGAUCGACAAAAUUUGUUCCAAGAGUGGAAACGGUGGAUAUCACGGGCCGGAUGCGUCGGAUGAGGGAGUCCAGCGGGAUUUGCUUCCUCUACUAGAAGGCUCCACCGUCUCGACCCGUUUCGGUGAAAUCAAGACAGAUUACAUACUAUUUAUAGCUUCAGGAGCAUUUCACUCGGUUCGCCCCAGUGAUCUGCUAGCGGAACUACAAGGGCGCCUUCCUGUGCGCGUUACUCUGAAUCCUUUGUCUGAAGAGGAUUUUAGACAAAUCCUAACCAGAACAAAACAUAAUUUGAUUGAACAGUACAAAGCCCUGCUUGCUACGGAAGGAGUUGUCCUGGAGUUUAGCGACGACGCCAUUGCAGAGGUUGCUCGAGUGGCGUGGGAGGUGAACUCGCAGAUAGAGAAUAUCGGAGCCCGCCGGCUUCAUACUAUAAUCGAAAAAGUCCUGGAGGACAUCAACUUGAAUGCCUCGCUUCAGUCUCCAGGGACUAUGUGA